AUGGUGGAUGAGGUGAGAACGCAAUUACCAUUUUCAAAAAUCAAAAAAAUCAUCAAAACUGAUCCAAAUUGUGGUAGCGUUUCAACUGAGGGUGUGCAACUUCUGGGCUUUGCUACAGAGCGGUUUGUAAAUUUGCUGACGAAGACGGCUUGCGAACGAACGUUAUUUGACAAACGAAAAACCCUUCUACGUAAAGAUCUUGAAUUUAUUAUAAGGAAUUGCGAGCCAUUUAAUUUUCUGGAAGAUGCUUUGGAUGGGUGGCCUGAAUGGGACAGCAAAAAGCGCAAUACAGUGAGCGAAGGAGUGAAGCCUCUUAGUCCCAGCAUCUCAUCAAAAAAUCAUGUAAUCAUGGAAGAUGAUAUUGAAGAAGUGCCAGGUAAACUGCCUUAUAGACCAGCAAACAAUGGGGACCAGUCUUCAGCGAGUCUAUCUGACUCUGGCCCUAACUAA